UGUGCAUUCAGAACGAUUGAUUGAAUAGCUGCAGUCUUCUCUCGUGCAUUUCUUUCUUGCUUUCUGCAAGCUGUAGUGAAGGGAGGGAGAUGGUUGGGAGAAAUCCGGCUUUCUCUUAAGUGGAAAUAGCACGUAUCCCAAGGGCCAGGAGACCAGAAAUGGAAGUUUAAGCUGUAUCUGUCUCCUGAAAGAACAGCGAAAGAUUAAAAAAAUGUAAAAAAAAUGCCAGCCUCCAGAGCCGUAGUUUAUUUUAUUCCUUUUUAAUCCUGAAGAUAACGAUGGACUUUCUCUUAAUAUGUUGUUUUUCCUAUUCUGUGUGGAGUACCUCUCUGUUAAGCUGGAUUCCUUUAAGUUUAAGCUUUUGAACAGGAGAUGGGCAGCAGCUGUGAUAAAGAGGUCCCGGCCGAGAGGUCUCCUCGCAGACGGAGUAUCUCAGGGACAAGCACAUCAGACAAAGCCAAUCCCAUGGAUGCAUCAAAUACAUCUCCAUUCAAAGUCCCGGUCCCGCGGUUUACCAAAGCUGAAAGAGUCUCGUUCUCAUGAAUCCUUGCUGAGUCCAGGCAGUGCUGUGGAGACACUAGACCUUGCAAGAGAAGAAAGAGUCUUUGUUAAGCCGCUUCAUAGUAGUAUACUUGGACAAGACUUCUGUUUUGAGGUAACUUAUUCCAGUGGCAGCAAAUGCUUCAGCUGUUCUUCUGCUGCCGAAAGAGACAAAUGGAUGGAAAACCUGCGCAGGGCAAUCCAACCUAACAAGGAUAACUGCCGGCGAGCCGAGAAUGUAUUGCGCCUUUGGAUCAUUGAAGCCAAGGACCUGGCACCCAAGAAGAAGUAUUUCUGUGAAUUGUGCUUGGAUGAUACUUUAUUUGCUCGCACCACAAGCAAAACAAAAGCUGAUAAUAUUUUCUGGGGUGAGCACUUUGAGUUCUGUGGCCUCCCAUCUAUCCACAGCAUCACUGUUCACAUCUAUAAAGAUGUUGAAAAGAAAAAGAAGAAGGACAAGAAUAACUAUGUAGGUUUGGUCAAUAUUCCCAUAGCAAGUGUGACUGGCCGACAGUUUGUGGAGAAGUGGUACCCUAUCAGCACACCUACACCCAGUAAAGUGAAGGCAGGAGGCCCAUCCAUCCGGAUCAAGUCCCGAUACCAGACCAUCACCAUCCUCCCCAUGGAGCAGUACAAAGAGUUUGCUGAGUUUGUUACUAACAGUUACACUGUGUUGUGCUCUGUUCUGGAGCCAGUGAUAAGCGUCAGAAACAAAGAGGAGAUGGCCUGUGCUUUGGUGCACAUUCUUCAGAGCACUGGCAGAGCCAAGGACUUCUUAACUGAUCUGGUGAUGUCUGAAGUUGAUCGUUGUGGGGAGCAUGAUGUCUUGAUCUUCAGGGAGAAUACACUUGCCACCAAAGCCAUUGAGGAGUACCUCAAGCUGGUGGGCCAGAAGUAUCUGCAGGAUGCACUUGGUGAAUUUAUCAAGGCACUCUAUGAGUCAGAUGAGAACUGUGAAGUGGAUCCCAGCAAAAGUUCACCUAGUGAAUUGGCUGAUCACCAGGCGAAUCUCAAAAUGUGCUGUGAGCUAGCCUUCUGCAAGAUCAUUAACUCUUACUGUGUCUUUCCUCGGGAACUGAAGGAGGUGUUUGCAUCCUGGAAGCAUCAGUGCCUCAACAGAGGGAAGCAGGACAUCAGUGAGCGCUUGAUCAGUGCCUCACUUUUUCUGCGUUUUCUCUGCCCAGCCAUUAUGUCUCCAAGUCUUUUUAACCUCAUGCAAGAGUACCCUGAUGACCGUACUUCUCGGACACUCACACUAAUUGCAAAGGUUAUCCAGAACCUGGCAAACUUCACAAGAUUUGGAAACAAAGAAGAAUAUAUUACAUUUAUGAAUGACUUUCUAGAGCACGAGUGGGGAGGCAUGAAACGCUUCUUGGCAGAAAUUUCUAAUGUGGACACAAUCUCCAAUACGCCCGGAUUUGAAGGAUACAUAGAUCUGGGAAGGGAAAUUGCUGUCUUGCAUUCUUUGCUGUGGGAAGUUGUAUGCCAGCUGGACAAGGGUGAAAAUUCCUUUCUACAGGCAACAGUAGAAAAAUUGGGACCCUUGCCCCGUAUCCUCACAGACAUCACGAAGGCUACAACAAAUCCCACACCUAUCCAGCAACAGUUGAGACGUUUGGGAGACCAUAAUUCAAGUCCCAAUGUCAGCCUCUCCUCAGGGCUGCAAAAAAUAUUUGAGGACUCUACUGACAGUGAACUCAGGUUGAAGUCUCCAGCCCAGGAAAAUGAUGCAUAUUUCAAAGGCAAAUUGCUAUUGAUCCAGCAGUCCUCAUCACGAAGUGUAACUUACUCAGAUAAAGGUGAUGAGACCAACCUGCCCAAUGUCAGAAGCAUAUCACUGAUGGAUCUCCAGGAUCCCUAUGUCAUACAGUGUGAUUCUGGAUCCAUGAUGCAUGAUGCUCCUGUAUGUUUAACAGGUAGCCAGCUUUCUGUCACCCAAGUGGCGAACAUCAAGCAGCUCCUUAGCACACCACAGAGUGCCCCACAGGUCAGGAGGCCUCUGCACUCAGCACUGAACCAGUCAGGCAGUCUGCAACCUCUUUCUUUCCAGAAUCCAGUCUACCAUCUUAACAACCCUCCUCAGCAAAUGCCAAAAGUGUCCAUGGACUCCAGCUUGGAGAACCUGAGUGUCACCAGUUCCCGAAGCCAGAACAGCGAAGAUCUUAAACUCAGUGGGCCAAGCAAUAGUAGCAUGGAGGACUUCACGAAGCGCAGCACUCAGAGUGAAGAAUUUCCCCGGAAGAGCUCAUUGUUGCCCAUUGCUUUACCUCGCCAGAACAGCACUGGGCAGCCCCAGAUCCGCAAAAUAGACCAAGCUGGGCUGGGUGCAAGGAUCAAAGCACCUCAGUCACUCCCCCACAGUGCUUCUCUUCGAAGCACAGGGAGUAUGUCUGUAGCAUCUGCCACAAUGGCAGCAGAACCCCUUCAGAAUGGCAGUCGGUCCCAGCAGCAAUCCUCCUCCUCCCGGGAAAGCCCAGUCCCCAAAGUGCGGGCAAUCCAGCGGCAGCAAGCCCCACAGAUCCAUUCACCUGUGGGCUCUGCCACCAUGUCACCUGUGGAAAGGACAGCUGCCUGGAUCCUAAACAAUGGGCAAUAUGAAGAAGAGGAGGAGGAUGCGGAACAAAAUCAAGAGGAAGCCAAGCAUGCAGAAAAGUACGAACAGGAGAUAACCAAGCUCAAGGAUCGCCUGAAAGUGUCAAGUCGUCGUUUGGAGGAGUACGAGCAGCGUCUCUUGGUGCAGGAACAGCAAAUGCAGAAGUUGUUGAUGGAAUACAAGGCAAGGUUGGAAGACAGCGAGGAGCGGCUGCGAAGGCAGCAGGAGGAGAAGGACAGCCAGAUGAAGAGCAUAAUCAGCAGGUUAAUGGCAGUUGAAGAGGAACUGAAGAAGGACCAUGCAGAGAUGCAGGCUGUCAUUGACACUAAGCAGAAAAUAAUCGAUGCACAGGAAAAAAGGAUCCUCUCUCUGGACUCAGCCAACACACGGUUGAUGAGCGCCCUCACACAAGUGAAGGAACACUACAGCAUGCAAGCUCGGAAUGGCAUCUCCCCCACCAACCCCACCAAGCUUUCCAUCACGGAGAAUGGUGAAUUUAAAAACAGCAGCUGCUAACAUCAAUCGCUCCUGCCAACAAUAUGAUCUCCCAUCCUGCCCCCAUGCCUGGCCAUCAAAUUCCAUCCAUGCUGCUUCAGAGUAGGAUGUUUCAGGGAAACCUGGAGACCAGGAAGUUGUGAACUGUGAUCUCUGUACAAUUUUAAUGGUGGUAAUCUUCCAGCCUGCCACUGCCACAUAGAGUCUAGCUUCCCUUUGGAAGGGAGUUCACAAGGAGGUCACCGCACUUAAAGCUGUUGCCUUGACAACUCGCUCUUUGUGUCUCAAUCUUGGUCUCGGACUCUCCCGCAUUCUCACUCUCUCACACACACACAUACAUUCUCUCUCUCUCCUGGAGACCUGGGUGAGUUGUUCUCCCUUUGGCCACAGGAUCAGAGCAUAUUUGCACACUGUCUCUGUCAGCCCAACACUGCCUCCUCUCUCUCUCUGCUUCUCUCUCAAACACACCCAUGCACACAUCUCUCCUCAUCCUACAUCAGCACCUGGGUGAGGCUGUCAACCUCUUCUGCCUCACUCCUUGGAUCAGCCCCCCAGGUAACACAUAGGCUCACCUUUCCCACUGCAUCAGGCUGGGAUAGUCAUCCUUCUCCUCACUCCCCACAUUGGGACUAUUGGGUGUUGUUUGGUGUGUGCUCUGUAUUGGUCCUAGACUACCUUUGUUUCCUAACCUCAAGUUUCUUCUCAGGACUGAGGCUUGUUGGGACAAUCAUCUGUCUAGAUCCCUGCUUGCCCCCCUCUUCUCCUUGAGUUGUGUGAUCAGCCUGAGUCGCUGAAGUUCCCUCUACUCUUUAGGCAUCCUAUUCCCUGCUCAGUUGUUUCUCCUUGUUUUUGCAAAUAAAAUUGUGAAGAAUUGGGCAAGAUCUGUAUCCCCCUUUUACUUGCUCCUGCACUACCAUCACACAGUUUGGGCAAAGAGCUCAAAGCAUGUCAUAGCAGCACAGGAAGCCUGGGGAGCCAUGUGCUUCUUCUUCUCACAAUUGGUAAAACAAUUGGCCAGGCAACUGCUUCAUAUAAGAAUUGUAAUUAAUUCCAUGUGAAUGAGAGGGAAAAUAGUUCCUUUAAUUUUUUUUAAAAAAAUAGAACUAAUUUGGUAAACAUGUUCACUGUACUGUUAUUGAAGUGACAACAUGCAUCCAUGUUAUGAUCAUCCCCUCUUUUUUUUUAAAAAAAGGAUUAGUGUUCAUUAGCUUAAAAAGUAACUAGUUAUUAGUAACUCCAUACUUCAAAUCUCUGGUCAACCUUCCCAAGAUUUGCAUUCCUGGGUUUUCAACCUACCUCUCAUGUUUUUAGAGCAACCCAUGACAUUUUUGCUGGACAUGUUGGAUAGAAAAGGCAUCAACCAACCAAUCCAGGCACAAAGGAGGCUGCUAGUUUCUAUGUUAUGGAGGUGUGCCCUGGGAGCCAAUAGUCUGCUUUAGAGCAGAACAAAAAUGUUCUACACAAGAAACAAACAAACAUACAUUUAUUACCAUACCUUUCAUCAUAUCAUAAUCAACACUGUACAUACAUGGCAGUAUGUGAUGGUAAAAGAUUUGAACAGAUGCCCUCUUUCAAAAUGUGAUAAUCUCUACCAGCCUUGUAUUCCCUUUUCCCAAACUUCCUGGGAGCCUCCUGCUUGAAAGUGAGGUACUUUGUGAAUAUCUGAGA